UGCCUAUGGGCUUUCUUCUCUCGCUCAGCCUCCUCAUCUCCUGUUUCUUUCCCCCUACACCAUAUCCCCUCACCUUCUCCUUUGUCUCCUACCCCUCUUUCUCUCUCACCCAUUCGCACAGCGGGCGGCAGGGCAGCCGAUAACGGGCAGCACGGAGGAGGAGAAGUUCUCAUACGUGGUGCUCAGGCGAGGCGUGAGGCCCGAGGUGGUGGCGCCGCUGCAGCAGAUACGCACUUCCGGCGCGAGGAGAAGGAACAGGGAGGAGAGGGAGGAGGCUGAGAAGGAGGCCAAGCGGCUGGCAAAGAAGCAAGCCAAGUGGGGGCCGACGGUGCGCCUGAUACCCCUGGAGGAGGAGCCGGUGAGCGCAGAGGCAGGAGGACAGCAGCGAGGGGGGCACCAAGAUGGAGAGGAGGCAGCUGAGGGAGAGGAGGGGACGGCGGCGGAGGAGGAGGAGGAGGAGGAGGAGGAGGAGGAGGAGGAGGAGGAGGAGGAGGAGGAGGAGGAGGAGGAGGAGGAGGAGGAGGAAGAGGAGUGGGGAGAUGAGGAUGAGGAAGAAGAGGAUGACGUUCGACCAAAGCACACUCCUGUCGCCUCUGCUAGCGAUGGGGGUAGGUGGGUGGAGGCAGUACAGGUGAUGAAACCGCCGGUGACAGCAGCAUUGAUGACCUGGAAGACGAUUCCGUGGACCCCUCACUAGCCACUGACAACCCGCCACGUGGCGAUCGGUUUGCCAACCUGAGCCCCGAGUGGAGCAGAGUGAUCCGUGAGCCGAGGCGGCGGGGGCAGCAUGUGAUAGUGGACGUUUGCGCAGCCGUGGACGGCAGGGGCGCAGGGGCGAGCUGCAGCGGCUGCUCUUCUCCAAGGCUGCUGGGCGCGUGGAGUACCGGUUUGCGAGGAAGGUGAAGUGGGGAGAUCUGUGGCCCAGCUCAGGGGAGGAGGAGGAGGGGAAGAGGGAAGCCAAGGGUGCAAGUUCAAACAUACAGGGCUGAAUAGCGCUCUUUCAGUGUACCCUUGUCAUUAUGGUUGGGAAUAGACUUGGUUGGGUGUAUCACGUACAAAUUGAAUUCACAACCUUGAUCCAUUGACCGCACGUAGCGUACAAUGAUCUACCUGAUCUAUUCCAGGGGAAUCCGCCUCAUGGUUUCGGAAUAUCAAGAUUUGUGUAAUACUCGCUUUACAUAUUCCAUUGCAAUGGGCUAGCCGCUCAGCAGCACGCUUCGGGAACCGAGCCUCACCGAUUGGUUUUCCGGUCCUUAUUCAAAUCGUGUGUCCUCAUGUACACGUCACUAGGUUUUGAGUGGAUCCGAGUUAUUUUAGUCCCCCCGGAUGUUUUCUGGCCAUUCAAUCAGCCUACGUGGACCAGGAUAUAGGUAGCAGGAGGAUACUUUUGAUUGCGGAUGUGAUUUUUGUUUCAAAGCUGUCCAAUCAGAAAGCGGGUUUUCGUUUAGCCA